CGGCCUAGAAACGGGACAGCAAUGGCGGCGGCGGAGGAGCGCGGCGGUGGCGGCGACACCGCUGAGGGGACCGAGAGCGGCAGCGCGGACAUGGUGCUGCCCGGGUUUAAGGACGCCGAUUCCUUCGUCAAGCAUGCCCUUGGCACGGUGGUGUCGGCCACCAAGGCUUCGAGCGGCCUCCCUCAGCACGGAGACGAGUACGACUUCUACCGCAGCUUCCCCGGCUUCCAAGCCUUCUGCGAAACCCAAGGGGACAGGUUGCUGCACUGCAUGAGCAAAGUGAUGCAGUACCACGGCUGCCGUAGCCACCUCCAGGACCGUGGCAAGGUCACGGAGCUGGAGGACAAAUUUGAUCUGCUGGUCGACGCCAACGAUGCCAUCCUGGAAAGAGUGGGCAUGCUCCUGGACGAAGCGGCCGGCGUGAACAAGAACCAGCAGCCCAUUCUCCCCUCGGGCUUGCAGGCCCCCAAGACCAUCGUCUCCAGCUGGAACCGCAAGAGCGGAGAAGCCAGCAAGCGGGCGAGGCCGGAGACCUUCCGCUUGCUCCACGCCAAGAACAUCCUGCGGCCACAGCUCAAGUUCCGGGAGAAGGUGGACAACUCCAACACCCCCUUCGUCCCCAAGCUCUUCGUCAAGCCCAACGCGCUGAAGCCGCUGCCGGAAGCGCUCUUGAAAAGCCGACGCGAACGGAAGGAACGGCCUGAGGACCUGGAUGUGCCGGCCGCCCUGGCCGACUUCCUGCAUCAGCAGAGGACCCAACAGACGGAGCAGGACAUGUUUGCUCAUCCUUACCAGUACGAGCUGGAGCAUUUUUCAGUGCCUGCCAGAGUUCUUGAAAAACCCCAAGUCCAGAUGUACCGGCCUCCUGCCGAAACGCCCUGCCAUUUCGUCUCCAGUCUGGACGAGCUGGUGGAGUUGAACGAGAAGCUGGCUGGCUGCCAAGAAUUUGCCGUGGAUUUAGAGCACCAUUCCUACCGGAGUUUCCUCGGCUUGACGUGCCUCGUGCAAAUUUCCACCCGCACCGAGGAUUUCAUCAUCGACGCGCUGGAGCUGCGGGGCGACUUGUACAUCUUGAACGAGAUGUUCACGGACCCGGCUGUUGUCAAGGUCCUGCACGGUGCCGAUUCAGACGUGGAGUGGCUCCAGAGGGACUUUGGCCUCUACCUGGUGAACGUGUUCGACACCCACCAGGCAGCUCGGCUGCUCAACCUCGGCCGGAACUCCCUGGACCAUCUCCUCAAGCUCUAUUGCAACGUGGACGCCAACAAACAGUACCAGCUGGCUGAUUGGCGGAUACGCCCUCUGCCAGAAGAGAUGCUCAAUUACGCCCGUGACGACACGCACUACUUGCUUUACAUCUACGACCGAGUCAGGGAGGAGCUGUGGGAGAGAGCCAACGGGCAGCCAGCUCAGCUCCAAGUGGUGUGGCAGCGAAGCAAAACCAUCUGCUCAAAGAAAUACGUCAAGCCCAUCUUCACCGAAGACUCGUACCUCGAGCUCUACCGCAAGCAGAAGAAGCACCUCAACACCCAGCAGCUGACGGCGUUUAAGUUGCUCUUCGCUUGGAGGGACAAGAUGGCGCGGCAAGAGGACGAGAGCACGGGGUACGUGCUCCCUAACCACAUGCUACUGAAGAUCGCUGAGGAGCUGCCCAAAGAGCCCCAGGGCAUCAUCGCCUGCUGUAACCCCAUUCCCCCGCUCGUUCGCCAACAGAUAAAUGAAAUGCACCUCCUGAUCCAGCAGGCCAGGGAGAUGCCGCUAUUAAAGUCUGAAUUUUCAGCUGGAGUGAAAAAGAAAGGACCUCUUCGAAACACACAGAAGCCGGAGAACCGCUUGUUCGGACCCCACGACCGUUCGCGCGUUCCUCAGGAUGAGAAAUUGAACCACUCGGAGCUAGCCCCUGGACCAACCCUGGAUCAUGCGAGUCUCUUCUCAGAGACGGAACGGGAGGCGGACGGGACGGGCGGAACGGCAGGACCGCCGUGUCUCCUGUUGAAAGCCAGCAUCAGUAUUUUUAACGACCCUGACACGGGCGAAGAGGAGGAGGACUUAACAGUGGCACAGCAGAAAGCCCGGCGCAUCAUGGAAUCCUUUGAAAACCCGUUUCGAAUGUAUCUCCCAGCAGAACAGAACCCCGCUCACGUCUCCCAGUCGGCCAAGUUUGAUCCGUCGUCGAAAAUCUACGAGAUCAGUAAUCGGUGGAAGCUUCAGAGCCAGGCUCAGCUGCAGGCCGUGGCCAAAAAAGAAUCCGCCGCGAAACGGCUUCAGCAGACAGCGGCCCGUCAGCUCGCCGAGAAGGACUGCAAAGACGAAGCCGCCAAGGCCGUGUCCGUUCGCCAGCUUGUCGCGCAAGAAAAGCUCAGCCAAAAACGGGAGCGAGCGGACAGCGGCGAUCCUGGAACGGAGACUCCCAAGCCCGAGAAGAAGAAGGCCAAAGCCUCCCAGCCACCGGAGGAGCAAGAAGAUCCAAAGCCCUUCACUCCCUUUGACUACAGCAAAUCCGACCUCCGAGUCUUUGCCGGGAGUAGCAAGCCCAAGCCGUCGUCACAGUUCGAUCCUGCCAAACAAGCCCACGCCGGCAAGAAAUUUUCGGGAGCUGGCAAAGCCCAGCAACCAGCUGGAACCAAAAGCAUGUCCUACAUGGCUGGGAAAUCCAACAGGGGUUUUAGGCAUAACUGGCCGAAAAGAUAAUACCGCUCUGGGAACUUCUCGGAAGGGACCGUUCAUCAGUUUUCGUAUGAAUCUGUGACGUUUGGGUUUUCUUUUCUUUUUUUUAAAAAAAUAUAAUGUCAUGAUUAAACUGCUUUUCUUCCCCCAAAAGUGGGGGAGGAGAAAUCGUAA